GUCAGGAUGGCUAACUGGUUGGCUCCCCACAUGGUGCCCGACAUCUACAUCACACCUUAAAGAAGCCGAAGAGAGAAUUUUAAAAUGUGUCCCCAGCACAUACAAAAAGGAAUCUGUUCGUAUAUCUAAUGGAAAUAAAAUAUGGACACUGAAGUUCUCCCAUACUAUUUCCAAUAAGACUCCACUCGUGCUCCUCCAUGGAUUCGGAGGAGGCCUCGGACUCUGGGCACUGAACUUUGGAGAUCUUUGCACCGACAGGCCCGUUUAUGCUUUUGACCUACUGGGCUUUGGACGAAGCAGUAGACCCAGGUUCGACAGUGACGCGGAGGAAGUGGAGAAUCAGUUUGUGGAAUCCAUUGAAGAGUGGCGGUGUGCCCUGGGAUUGGACAAAGUGAUCUUGCUUGGGCACAACCUGGGCGGGUUCCUGGCUGCUGCGUACUCACUGAAGUACCCAUCGAGGGUGAAUCAUCUCAUUUUAGUGGAGCCUUGGGGUUUUCCUGAGCGACCAGACCUUGCUGAUCAAGACAGACCAAUUCCAGUUUGGAUCAGAGCCUUGGGGGCAGCACUGACUCCCUUUAACCCACUAGCUGGCCUCAGGAUUGCGGGGCCCUUCGGUCUAAGUCUAGUGCAGCGUCUAAGGCCCGAUUUCAAACGGAAGUACUCGUCCAUGUUUGAGGACGACACCGUGACAGAGUACAUCUACCACUGCAACGUCCAGACUCCCAGUGGUGAGACGGCAUUCAAGAACAUGACUAUCCCUUAUGGGUGGGCGAAGCGGCCCAUGCUCCAGCGGAUUGGGAAAAUGCACCCUGACAUUCCGGUUUCGGUGAUCUUUGGCGCCCGGUCCUGCAUCGAUGGCAACUCUGGCACCAGCAUCCAGUCCUUGCGGCCACACUCCUACGUGAGGACGAUAGCCAUUCUUGGAGCAGGGCAUUACGUGUACGCAGAUCAGCCGGAGGAGUUCAACCAGAAAGUGAAGGAGAUCUGUGACACAGUGGACUGAACACACCGAGGCCCCGCGGGACACCUGCUGGCCAAGACCACUCGGCAGGAGCCCACAGUCCGCAGCGAAGCGUGAAGGAGACAGCGCGGAGCCAGCAGCCUCCUCGGCUGCUCGUUAACAGUUUUCUUUAGAAGCCACUUGCACGUUGAAACCAGGUAGUGCCUUCUAGAAGGACGGUUUUCCUUUCCUCUACACAGCACUGGGAGUCACCAGUCUCCAGCUAACAGCUUUAAAUAAAAGGUUUUUUGUCCCUUCAGUGUACUGAAAUACACUUUUUCAACGGAAAUGUUUUUCAUUUUUAUCUAACUUUGCUGGUCGAGUACUUUUUGUAUCGCAGUGUGUAUUGCCAACGUGAAGAGCAAUUCUUGGGCCUGUUACGUCACAUACUCUAAGGUGGCCCUCACUGCCUGUGCCUGCAUGUGUUCCCCACAUCUGAGAACUGAUAGCGUUAACCCAAAUGCAGCUUGCCUUACAUAAACAUUGUCAGUUAUUUUAUGAAACGACAAGACAGGGUUUUGGUUAAAAGAGUGGGAGUUGAUCACUAGCAUUGAUUUUUCUGGCUUUCCUCUGUUUUAUACUCAAAGCUGCUAUGCCAUGCCCAGCAGCUUAGACCUGACCCAUCCAGACACAGUCUGCAGCAGCACAGCUCCUGGGAGCCCUGUGUGACGCGGCCCCAGGAAGCCCGGCCUCUGUGUGUAAGGGCUUCAGUGUUGGAAAGCCGCACCUACCGAUGGACCAGAAGAGUCGCGACGUGUUCUAUGCACAGAUGACUCAUGACUUUUCCCAUGACCCAGUCAAAGCCCGUCUCCUCACCCCCUGCCCCUUUUCCGUGAACCGAGAUGUGGCAGGCAGUAACAGGUGCCCACACUUACGGGGCUGUUAUGUGUGACUGCUGCCUUCCAGGAGGUCAGGUCUUAUCACGUGCUCAUUAAGACUUGACUCCUGUAGAUCGGUGCUAAAACUGGGAUUUAUUUUUACUAGAAUAUAAAAAUGGGUAGUGCUAUUACAUCUCAUGGCACCAGAAAUGAACCAGCACCGAGGUGGUUUUUACUAAGAGUGCUGUGUUGAUGAGCUCCUUCACAAACUUGAAGUUGUAUUAGAAAAAUUCUGUAAACGUGAUUGAACUAUUCAACAGUAACUACCAUUAAGGGUAGCAUUUUCUUGUGGUUAUAAAAUGGUAGAAACUUUUUUGAAACUGGGAAAAAGUUCCACGAGGUACCUGGCGGCUGAGAACCACCCCCCCACCCCCCACUCAC